AUGGACUUAGACAAGGAACGACACAGUGACAAAUACUGGUAUAAUGUGUCAGCCCUUGUGAAAACGGAUUUCAGUGAAUUAUACAAAGUAGCUCCAAGACUUCUGAAUCAUUCACGUUUUUUGCACUCUAUUACUGGAGCAUUGUGGCCCAUGAACAUCUCUGUGUAUCAUAUCCAGACAACCAAGUCAGAAAUUUAUGCAAACACAUUAGCGUCUCGUUUCCUGGUUGGUCUGCAGCAACUGGUUCCAUUGGACAAUAUUUCUUCUUUGCUGAAGAAAAUUGUGAUCAGAGUAUCUGAAGUUAUUGACAUUGUUGUAAAAGAUUGUGAUCAUGAUAUACCCAACAUUCUGAUUAAAAAUACGCAUUCUUCUAAUUUGUUGAGAAAUUCAAGAUCUGCAGCACCUGAAAUUAAUGUAUCAGUAGAUUCUGAAUGUGUAUUUCUUUCCCUCAAAUAUGAUAACACUCAUACAUUUGUUGUUGUAGAUCCUCCUUCUAUUAGAAACCACAAUAUCUUCAAUGUAACUAGCAGCAGUUUUGAAGCAUCUUGGAGUAUAAAUUCUUCGCAGAAACAUUCGUUCCGAGUAGAAGUGUACAAAGGCAAGGAACUUGUUGAAAGAAUGGAAAUCACAGAUAUGAAGCUAACUAUGUUAAAUCUAGAAGCAGGUGUAAUGUAUACAAUGUCCAUCAGCUAUGAAGCUUGUGGUAAAAAUGUUACCUCCAGUAGAAUUGUGAAAACAGGUGAAAUUGUGGAUCCUGUUACUACACAGGGAUCAAAUGUAACUGACUAUACAACUACCACACCUUUCUCAAAGGCAGAAAUACAGGAGGUGUCAUCUUUCACUAAGUAUACUGAAGCAACAGUGCUGCCAUCUAGUGGCAUCCAGGAGUCAAGCACUCUUUCAGCAGGGAAGACAUUGGCAACAUCUCAAAAGAUGAAUAUAUCAGGGAAUUUCAGGAAGAAUAGCACCUUAAAUAGCCCAGAAACAGUUACUUUGGCUCCAAAAUGGUCGGGCAAUGUAACAAUCUCAAAUGGAACUGUAGCUGAAGAGAGAUGGACCACCCAAGAUCAGCAAAACUCUUCAACGACAUCAUCACCUGGAGUUUCAAACAUAGAAAACUAUUCUUUUAAGAGCAAUGAAUCUACAGUGGAGGCUACCACAACUCGCUUCUCAAUUGAAAGAAGUUCUGAGAAUGUUAUAGCCAUGAAUGUAACUGAAAAUGCCAAAUUUCAUGCUUUGAACCAUACCCUUGAUAAGCACAUUGGGGGAACUAACAGCUCUUGGUCUAAUGAAAGAAACAGUACAGCACCACCAUCUUCUUUUAAGAAGAAUAUGACAAUCUCCCUUGCUACAGAUUUGAGUGCGGUAUUUCCAGCUGAAAGAAUAUUUUUUUCCAGUGUGAUGAAUACUAGCUUUCAGAUUUCCUGGACUACACAUUUUUCAGCAAAUACUACUUUCCAUUUUCUGCUCUUUGAGCAGGAACAGCUGAUAAAGAAGAUUACAACCCAAAGCUGUCAUCUGAAUAUUUCUGAACUAAAACCAGGAACUUUGUACACUGUUAAAAUAAAGCCAGACUUUUAUGGAAAUGAAAGUAAAAUCGUGCAACGUAAAAUAAAGACAGCUGCCCAGAAGUUUAAUGGGACAAUUAGGAUAAUGAAUCUGAACUAUAGCUCAGAGUUCAGCAACUCAAGAAGUGAAAAGCACCAAAAUUUUUCAAAGAUGUUUCUUAAUGAAGUCCGAACAUCUUUGCCUCCUAAUAUUCUUCAAAAAAUGGAUGCUGGUAUGAUAAACAUUUCAAUAGUAAGCAUUAUCCCAGGAAGCAUUGUGGUCAAUUUCAGCCUCCUGAUUCCAACAGACAUGGAUGCAAGGAAUGUUUCUGAGUCUCUUCUUGAAGCUUUUCGAAACAGCAGCCUUUUCGAGGUUGAUAAUAGCAGUCUUUCCAUAUAUGUACUUUCUUCCAGUCUUAGUUCUGGAAAUGAACGGUCAAAGGAAUGGAGUAGCACAACUUUACCCUUGACCUAUCCAUCUACUUCAGACCCCAUGCCUUCAUCUGCCAAAGAUAAUUUUUCUAUUAGUAGUGGCAGAAGCUUGGAAAAUGCAACUGCCAACACUACAAUUAAUAAGCAAAAUAUAAAUCAAAGAACAAACAUUCAUGAUUUACCUCAGAAUUCGCCCUUGAUUAAGAGUUCUGCUGCUGGUUCAAUUAAGGAGGCAGUUCAAGUACUGUGUGAGUUUGAAAAAAUUGUCGUCUCCAUUAAGAAGAACUUUCUGCACCAGCAAUCUAUCCCAGAAACUUCCUUGUACCUAGGGAAUCCUCGCUGCAAUGUAACCUCCAGUAAUUCUAGUCAUGUGGUACUUCAGACAGGCUGGAACGAGUGCGAAACUGAAAUACAAACUAAUACCACACACACCAUUGCAAGAACUGUUCUUCGCAAUGAUUAUUCUUCCCAUGGGAUUAUCUACCACUUAAAGAUUUCAAGUCAAAUUCAUUGUAUCUUUCAGAACAAUCUCUUAACUUCAUCUGGAUAUACUUCAGAAGGAAUUUAUACCAUUUUUGAAGAUUUACAUGGAUCUGGACACUUCUUAACAGAAAUGCGAUUGCUUAUUGGCAAUUCUCCAAUUCCACAAAAUUUCAGCAUCUCUGGCAGUGAUAAUAUAGUAAUUGAGGUGGGAGUUCAAACAAGAAGCAAGAAACUCAAAGUGGUUGUUAGCCAAUGUUGGGCAACCCCAACCAAUAACUCAAUGGAUCCUCGCUCAUUUCAUUUUAUACAUGGCGGUUGUCCAGUUCCAAAUACAAACACCAACGUGAUUGCAAAUGGGAUAGCCAACCGAGCCCGAUUUAAACUGAAAAUAUUUUCAUUUGUCAAUGGUUCAGUGGUUUACUUACAUUGCAAAAUCCAAAUUUGUGUUGAACUUCCUAAAAGCACUUGUAGAACGAAUUGCCAGGGUUUCCGUUUUUGGAAAACAGGUGAAAUUAUUGAUACACCCAAAACAACUUGGGGUCCCCUUCGCAAAUUCAGUGGUAAACCACUAGCUGGAUUAAAGGAAAAGAAAAAAAGUGGUAUGGGAGUAGGCUAUAUCGUCCUCAUUGUUAUUGGCGUACUUGUUCUCGCGCUGGGAAUAGCAGGACUUUUGGUAUGCCGAUACAAACACAAGGCUGGGACCUAUGACAUCAAAAGGAGGACUGAGUGUUUUAACUACCGAGCCUUCCAUGAUUGAAAUACAUCUGGAAUCUUUCUAUAAAUAUAUUGGUCCAUGAAAUGCUGGAGGUGAAAGGCAGAACCAAAGCAGCUGAUACUCAGAUUAUCGGGCCUCUGAGAACUUCUUAUUACAUUUAUGUUGCUAUUGCAAACCAUUUGCAUCAUUUCAAGAGGGAAGAACAUUCACCAGUGAUUUUGUAAUUGGAUGUAUUUUUGCUCUGCCUCCCAGUUCCACAAUUAAUAUCACUUGCUUUUAAAAAGGUAGAAAACUUUUAGCUAUGUAAGAAAGUAAACCAAACAUGUUCUUUGAUCAGAAUCUUCCUUAUAUGUACUGUAAUUUUUAAAUACUGAAUGGAUCAUACAGUGCAAAAUAUCCCUUUCUUAAAACUCAUGUCUCCAUGAAGUUGCUUCUGCAGAUCUCUAAUUCUUACAAUAGCUUUCAAUCCAACAUUCAACUUCACACAUCUAUUUGGCAGAAAACUUACUCAUUCAAUUUCUCUUUGGAUAGUUAGCCUGGAAGCACUGAAUGUGGACUUGAAAUGAGGGAGAGAAAGAAAAAAGGGAGAGACAAAGGAAGGAAGGGAGAGAAAGAAAGAAACCAGAAAACACUAUCAAUUGUAAUACAAUAAUACUUGGAUCUUCAAUGAUUUGGAUGUUUUCUGAGUCUACAAAAUUUGCUAGAAUUUUGCUAUAGGAACAGCCUUUUAAAUUUUUUACAAUGCUUAAUACUUCAGUAAUUGUAGCAAGUAAAAUUGCUGCUAUAAAAUAGAUUGAUUUUGACAGACUAAGAGCUAAAAGUAAAUACAGAAACUUUGCUGAUGUGCUUUUAGAAGCUGCUGAAUUUUGGGUAUGUUUAUUAUAAAUCUUCAUUCCAAAGAAUGCUAUUUGUCUUAUAAACAUAUAGGAAAGAGGAACUAUUUUUAUAGCUAUUGUUUUUGACUUUCUAUAUCAUACUAAAAUUAAGUGAACAUUACCACUAUUGUAGGUGAUUUGUGAAGUGGGUAGAGCUGAAAGAGAAACUGAACAAUUUGCUUUCAAUAUAUGCCAAA